UCUGCUUGUGGUGCGGAUUGACCGUGUUGCAAUCUGUAGUCUUUUGAAAACCGCCAUCUUCUUGCUUCUGAGCGAAUAUAAGUAAUGUCGGGGUACGACCGUGCGCUUACAGUAUUUUCUCCGGAUGGACACUUGUUCCAAGUAGAAUAUGCUCUUGAGGCUGUGAGGAAAGGAACAUGUGCGGUUGGUGUUAGGGGCAAGGAUGUAGUUGUGCUGGGGGUGGAGAAAAAGUCAGUCGCGAAGCUGCAAGAUCCGCGAACAGUGAGGAAGAUUGCUAUGCUCGACGACCACAUCUGCAUGACGUUUGCAGGCCUCACCGCAGACGCUCGUGUACUGAUUAACAAGGCCCGUAUUGAGUGUCAAAGCCAUCGUCUCACGGUGGAAGAUCCCGUUUCUGUCGAGUACAUAACCCGUUACAUUGCUGGUGUUCAACAGAAAUAUACCCAGAGUGGAGGCGUCCGACCAUUCGGUAUCUCAACUCUCUUGAUUGGAUUUGACGCGGACAAAGUCCCAAAGCUCUAUCAGACGGACCCAUCUGGCAUUUACUCGGAGUGGAAGGCUGCUUCGAUUGGCAGAAGCUCAAAGACAGUGCGAGAGUUUUUAGAGAAGAACUACAAGGAGGAAAUGAACAGGGAGGACACUAUCAAAUUGGCCAUCAAGUCGCUAUUGGAGGUUGUUCAGACUGGUGCCAAGAAUAUUGAGAUUGCGGUGAUGGGUGAGGAUUGCAUCCUUCGGACACUAGAGGCAACAGAAGUCGAGGAGAUUACAUCCAUUAUUGAAAAAGAAAAUGCAGCAGAGGCUGAGAAGAAGAGCAAGCGGAAGGGUGAUGCGGGUGCUGGCAGCAGUAGUUAAACGUUUAAGAUGUAUCAUUGAAUAUGACCGGUCACAAUUUUCGUUUGCCUUGAUCCUGA